UGAUCCUCUCCUCUCUUUCAAUGGAGGUCCAGCGAGAAGUCCCUUCUAAAGGAUAUGAUUUCACUAACUAUUCCAAGAGUUUUAGGUUUGGAGGGAGGGACAGUUUGGCUGCCGUCUCCCUCGACCUCUCACUGGCCAACCUCUUUCAAAAACUAACAGUAGAGUGCAGAGGAGUGCUGGGAAACCCCCAGUGGAAGCAUUACCGUCACAUGCAGCUCUUGAAGAAUGACCAGAUACGACUGAGCAAUGGAAUAUGGAGAUCAUGGCACAUUCAGUUUCAAAAAGGUUGUAAGCCAAAGUUUUGCAAGUUUGCCGUAGACCCAGAAAUAGACGUGGCCUCACACAAGAACCCACAGAGUGUCGUGAUCGAGGGAAAGUAUUGGAAGAGAACAAGACAGGCUGUCGCUAAUGAAUAUAGAAAAUGGCGCCUCUUUUAUAAGAAGAAAAAUGCGUGGUCAAACAUCAAGAGGAUACCAGCAAACACUGGUAAUGCACAGCAACAGGAAGGACAGGCAGGGGGAGACAUUGCAGUGCAAGCCGACUUAAGUAACACGACUAACAGGUUUUCAAACACUUUGUUGCAAGGACUGGAAGAUUUUCCUGAUCUUUUUAUGAACGUAAUCCCUCGUCCUGGAGAUGAGAGAACCUACAUGAGGCCUUUAGUGGAGUCGGCUGAAAUGUUACAACCAAAUCUUGACAUGCUAAACCCAACACUGGACGAUCUGUUGGACCACCUGGAACCAAUGGAAGUGAUAUUUCCAUCAUUCAAUGGCACGGGCAUGAGGGCUGGAUCGGUACCGCCUUUUGCUGGUAACACUCCGCCCAGUAUGGCCCCGCCUUCUCAAGGAGUGUCUCCUAGCAACAUGUACUUAAUGUCUGAUACUGGCCCCGCCCAGUACAGGAAUCAAUCUGAUAUUAAUUACGGGAGUUCAAUGACAUUCAUGACUCCACCCAACAAGACAAUGGAUCCUAUUCCAGAAGAGGUCAGUAGAACCGGUUCUUAUCAACCAAUGAGGUCUCCCUAUGGAGUGGGCGGGGCAGUUGGAGCCCCGCCCAUUAAUGAGUACCACAUUAAUCCCUCGGGGUUUCUCAAUCCUCCAGUAGCUCCUACUCAUCAAGAGGUUGGUCUGAGACCUGAUUCAGAGUCCAUGGACCUAGGGCCUGGCCACACCCAUCCCAGUCUCCACCCACAGCCUAAGCUGUCAUAUCAAACUAGUAUCAUGACUAAACCCACACCUCUUUUCACAACAGAUGAGGCCCCACCCUCUUCAAUUAUGUAUGAUACGGGGCCACACCCACCAGUGACUACGCCCCAAUCAUCAGAGCUCUUGUCUUUAUACAACACGUACCCUGAGCCAUCACUCUAUAUACAACAGCAGCAGCAGCAACAGUGUGAGCCUUCAUCUUACCCUCGUACUGGACCACAGUACAGACUAGGGGAGGAGGUGAGGGGUGUGGCUACUGGAACUAGCCCCACCUACUCCAAAGGAAGUGUUGAGCCCAACAUGCAGUUGAUAGCGGAACAGAUGAAACGACUUGAGGAGGAGCAGCUGGAGCAGAUAAGAGAGAUUGAGAAGCAACAGUCCAUAGCAUCACAGCAGUAUCUACUGUUACUGGAGCAGUACGUCUCUGAAUCAGGUGAACAACCAACACAACAGCAGCAGAAGGACCUAGCUGCUGUACUGUCCAACCCUGCCUCGGUCCAGAUUCUUAAAUCAAUAUUAACACACGAUGGCUCAAAGAGGUCUCAGAGGGACCCACCUAGCAACGUGGCUCCACCCCUUAUUGUUAAACAGGAACUGGUAUCACCUCAGCAAUCAUCAUUGGACCUGCAGUCCAUGGCAACUGAACCAGUUCAAACUUCAACACCUUCUCAGUUAGUAAAGGCUUCCGGCGUUAGUGACUUUCAAAGUCGUCUCUUAAUGGCAGCUGCAGCUCAGGCUUGCUCACCCUCAGUAUCACCUUAUAGUGCCCCACCCACUAGCGAAGGAGGAGGCGCUAGUUACCGGACUAGAUCUCCAGACAUACAUGAGAACGCAGGGGGCGUGUCACCUGCUCUAUUGAAGAAGUUUAAAAAUGCUCGUAACUUGACGCCAGAUGAGAAGAAGAUGUAUCAAGAGUUGAGACGACAGUCUCAUAUCACAGCUGAGCAAAAGAGGCGUGGCAGUAUUAAGAACGGGUUUGAGCAGCUCCAAAGUUUAGUAAUCAACCCAACACAGCACCCCUCAGGUAAAGUGAGCAAGGCUGUACUUCUGGAAAAAACAAUCGAGUAUUUGGAGAGCAAACACACAGAGAGGGAUGCCAGAGAGAAAAGAAUUGACCAGUUAAAAGAAGAAAUAUCAAAUUUGAAUCAAUUAAUCACUUCUUGUCAGCAACAGCUACCUGCAUCUGGAGUAUUAGUCACAACACGACAGAGAAAUGAAGAGAACAGACAGCACUUUAAGGAAUACGUGCAACAAAGAACCAAUCAAAACUAUAAGUUCUGGAUAUACAGUAUAAUAUUACAGCAUUUGUUCGAGUCCUACAAUAGCAGCGUAUCUAGUGCUAGUCCAGAGGUUUUAUGUCAGUCUGUCCUCUCCUGGUGCGAUCAGAACUGCAGCCUCCCCGCCCUCAGACCUGUUGUCAUGAGCAGUUUGAAAGAGCUCAGUGUUAAGACCACAAUAUUGUCUGAUCCGAGUAAACUCCCGGAGCAGUUGAGUCAGUAUGGAUCAGCUCCUGUUCACCCAGCUGGAGCUCAGAGUGAAGCCAAGAGAUGAGAGUCUGCCCUCUUACUGAACUAUUCAUGUACUCUACACACUCACAAUAAUCUGCUGUAUCAUCAUGAUUGUUAUUAUUAUUAUUAUUAUUAUUAUUAUUAUUAUUAUUAUUAUU